AUGAUUGAAAUCGAUAAUCCGAUUCAAAUGAAACAAUGGCAGAUUCAAAUUUGAUUAUCAUUUUGUUUAUUUCAAUAUUCAUUCUAUUAACCGGUGAUGGAUAUUUACGACACUCAGAUAAUUCGAUAUUUGUUCAUGCAUAUUAUUGCGAUCAUGAUUAUUGUAAUUCAGAACAGUUCUGUUGCGGUGAAAAUAUUUGCUGUGAUUAUGUAAACAAUACAAUUUGGCAUUUCAUCUGUUACCUCAUAUCGUUCAUUGUUUUCGCAUUCAUUUUAUGGGGUAUAUUUCAAAUAAUAAUGGGUAUCAUUUCCAAUAUGAAUCCGGACAAAGAACGAUCAAAAACGAACAACAUAGAUGGUGAUGUUGAUGAUGAAAAUAAAAAAUUUACGCUCAUUUAAUUGAAGGAAAGAGCCAAAAAAAAAUUAUCACAAAAUAAUCAAUGGAUAAAUUUGUCUUCGAACAAAUUUUAAAAAAUUUAUGCCAAAAUUUUUUUCUACCACUUAA